UGUGUUUGUGGUGGUGGUGGUGGUGGUGGUGGAUGGAAUUGAGGUUUUUGUUUGGGAUGUGAGGAAAGUGAAAGUUUUAAGAAUAUGAAGGAAUUCUGUGGUGAUCAUACCAGUGUCAAGAGGGUGUAGUUGUCUACUAAGGCUUGCAGGGGAAGCUGACUGUCUUGCUUUGUCUGCAAAGGUGUUGUCUGUUGGCGAAAAAAGCUUUCCCCAGUAGUCAUUUCUCAAACGGUAAAUUGGCUUUGAAAGAGGAAUCUUGGGCAUGCGACUCACGUGCCACUGCAUGCUCAGCUUGCAUGCAUUCUGAACAAGUGGCACCAAUGGGAGUGGAGGUUGGUGUGUUUUUGGGUGAUGCCAGGAAGGAAAAAGAUAGUAACCGUUCCUCCUCUGAUAGUGAUGCCAUUCUGUUGUCUUCUCCUGUUGAUAAUGCUUUCUAUGGAAGACCUCAUACUAGCAGAGAGACUAGUCACCUUCUGAGUGCAUGUUCCAGUCAUGGAUCUUUCUCUGAAAAUGAAGAGAGUGGAGAGACUCUGCGGGAUUCUAACAGCUCUGCUGACAUUCAGAUGAUUUCAAAACCAACCAUCAGUCAAGCUGAUGAGAAUUGUGGUUCUCUUAAGGCAACAAUCUUUCCUGAUAAUUGUGUCUCAAGUCAGCCUGAGAAACAGAGAGAGUCAGAAUGCACAGGAGAUGGCAUCCCUUGUGUCAGUGGAUCAGACUACAUGAAGAUGAAGGUCGAUGGCCACAAGGGUGAUACGUACAGGAAAAUUUUGUCUUGUUGCUCCUCUUCAGAUAAUAGCUUUUCUGAGGUUGAAAAGGUCAUUAAUGAUCAACCUUCUUCCAGUUGCUUGAGUGGUACUCCUUUUGGUAACGCAGAUGCUAAGAACCUGAGGUUGAAUAGUUUUACCAAGGACUCAUUAGGGGAAAUUUUGUGUUGUUCAAAACCAUCUGACUUAUCAGAGAUUUCAUCAAUACGAGAUUCCUGUGCUGGCACUAGUUCACUGAAGGGAGAGCGAUCUGAGUGCUCUGAGGAACAAGUGCAAUCAUCAUUUGCAAGGGAAACCACAUUAAGGAUUCGCAGCCUGAUGGGUGAUGAACACAGCACUACUGGAUCUUUGCGUGUAGAUAAUGGAAAUAAGAGAGAGCAGUUAGCUGAAGCUGCAACAUGUUCAAAUAAGAGAGAGCAGUCAGCUGAAGCUGCAACAUAUUCAAAUAAGAGAGAGCAGUCAGUACUGCAUUUCAGAACUUCUCCUACAGUAGUCAAGGAAGCUGGUAAAGGGGGAACUAUUGUUGGAUCUGUGCCUGCUGACUGUGGUGAUGGAUCUGGCAUUAUAGAGUAUGAUGUAAGGGUUUGUGAUAUAUGUGGCGACGUUGGAAAAGAGGAGUCUCUUGCUAUUUGUAGCAAAUGCAGUGAUGGGGCAGAACACAUUUAUUGCAUGCAAGUCAAGCUGGACAAGGUUCCUAAAGGUGAUUGGAUGUGUGAGGAAUGUACCCUCAGUGAAGAAACUGAAAAACAACAGCGAGUGAAAACUGAUAGAGGAGUUGGACCUCUGAAAAAAUUAUCCUCUAAUGAAAUAAGGCAGAACUCUCAAGGUUCAAAUGCUUUCCAUUUUAGGAAUACUUUGCAAUCUGAUGUCCAAGGAUCAGCAUUUGAGAAAAUCAGAACACAUAAAGUUAGCUCUUCUCGUCCUUCCUCUGCUAAGAGUCCUACAGGCAGUGUGGAAGCUAUCUCUGUGAGAAAGAGGCCUUUUGAAACCAUUGCUAAAUUGCCUAACAAAUUGAGUCAUAGCAGAAAAACAUUAAGAGGCCAACCCUCUGGAACUGAUAUGGAAACUGCACAAAUUCCUAGUACAUCAGCUGGUAAAUCGCCCACAAUGCCAUUGGAAUCUCAGAUGUCAAAGGGAUUUCUUUCCAAAUCAAAGUCUUUCCCCAGUACAAGUGUAAAAGAGAAGGUUCAACCAUCCAGGGAAGGCAGUGGGCUGAAGCAAGAUUUUGCUAGAAGAACUGUGAAAAGUGGCAGUAAGGAAGGAGUUACAAAAAUGAUGUUAAAAUCAUUGUCUUUCAACAAUGCCUUGCCAAAAGGUCAGAAAAAUACAAGUCUUGACUUUAAAAAAUUCCCAUCACAGUUUUCUAGUGGAGGGUAUUUGAAGAGAUUAAGGCAUGCAAAUAAACAGUCUCUUACCAAAACAAAAAUGACAUUGAGUUCAGCUGUCAAUAAUCCUGCUGCAUUAAAGGUUGGUGAGAAAAUUACAGCUCAUGGGAAAACUAGUUUACCAGAGGUCCGCAGGUCCAAUUAUCAAGAUCUGCCAGGUGACAAGAGUCAUUUAAGAUCAAGUAGUUCACUGGAACCGUCUGGUCAACUUGCUAAAAGAGGUUUUCCAACUCAGGAGAGAAAGGGUAGUGUCAAUGAUGUGAGGCAGCCUGUUGACUUUGUGGAAGUAGUGUCUGCCAACAAUGCAAAUCAUUCAAAAGUUUCUGUUCAUUCUGAUGAAAGAGCUUGCCAGAGGGACACAUCCUUGUUUGCACCUUUGAAGGACGUUACUCCUCAGGUUUAUGCUAUUCCAGAGCCUGGUGACAUAUGGAAAGGGAAAUUUGAAAUUUCUAGGGGCAGUAAACUUUCAAUUAAUUGUGAUGGAAUUCAAGCACACCUAUCAAGUCUUGCUUCACAUAAAGUUCUUGAAGUGGUGAAAAAACUUCCUCCAGAACUUCUAUUGGCAAAAGUAACUCGGUCAAGUAUGUGGCCAACUCAGUUCGUAAGAAGUCAGGCCAGAGAAGAUAAUAUUGCUCUCUAUUUUUUUCCAGAAGAUCUUGCAAGUUAUAACAGAAGCUACAAGACCUUGGUUGACAGUAUGGUUAAGAAUGAUUUCUGCCUUAAGGGGAAUUUUGGUGGGUUUGACUUGUUAAUAUUCUCUUCUAACCUGCUUCCUGAGAAAGCUCAGCGUUGGAAUAAGUUGUUGUUUUUAUGGGGUGUGUUUAGAGGAAAGAAGAUUAUUUGUUCAGACAAAUUGCCAAGUCAGAAGCCUUGCACUUCUAGCUUGAAAGAGGAGCAGCUUAACCAUGGUACAAUAACUCCUUCCAUUUCUGCUUCCAGGAAUCUGUUUUCAUCAGGACAGUCAAGUGAAAGUUUUUCUGAUAAUGCACAACAAAUAUUAAGCCCAACCACUUCAAUGAACAUGCAAGCUGAUACCUCUGGAAGAAUGGUUGAAUUUUGUAAAACCGAAGUAUCUCCUGCCGAACAGAAGUUUAUGGAUUUGCAAACAACUACUGAUCAACAGUUGGACCUAGUUGACACUCAAAAGAAAAUUGAGUUGUCUGGUGACUUACCUCUCUCUGAUUCUGCUCAGCGAGCAGAAUCAAAUUCCAAGAAAAGAUAUGAAAUUGAUCUCAACCUUUCUUUUGAAGAAAAUGACGACAGUUUGAAUAUGGAGGACAAACAUCUCUGCAAGAGACUAAAGCCUUCUAUUGGUGGAAUGGGCGAAUCUAAUAUUUUCAGGGAUGUAAAUAACUCGAGUUAUAGAUUUUGUUCUCUGACAGAUGGCCAAGGUUCUCAUAUUUCUGGUGAGCUUCACAAGUCUGAUGAAGCUAACAAUAUGUCCAUAUCUUCUGCCAGCUUGGAUUUAGGAGUCAAUCAGAGUACGUUUGGAUCCAUGCUGCAGCAACAGGUUCUUUCAAGACAGAAUGAGCAUCAGUUGCAAGCUGUGAUUCCGAAUCUUGAUCUCUCACUCGGGUUCCCAAAGCAGGAAAAUAUCCCUGCAAAUGAACCGGAAGUAUCUCUUACUCUUUCACUUGCAUUACCAUCAACCUCAAAUCCACUCUGGAAAUGAAGUUGCUGCUACCUGGGUCUGGGAGGUGAGAGGUCUCUUUUUUUUAUGGUCUUUUAAAGCCAUACAGGUUUUCAAAGGUGACAUGUAAAUAGGUAAGGGAUAGUCUCUAAUAAUGAUUCACAGAAUGAUAGUUUUCAUUUUCUAAACUAUAGAGAUGAAGGUUUAGUUUAGACAGCUACAAAGUUUCAUCAUAAAGAGUCUUUUUACCCCAUUACUUGUUUAUGCAUCUAUAUUUUCUUCUUUCUUUUUUGGAUUUUUUUAACAUAUAUAUUCGAAUACACGAUCCAUCAAAAAUAUAGGAUUUUUUGUUUC